AUGGCUCUAUUUAGUGUGGAACACUUGGCUUUCAUAUUUGGCCUUCUAGGGAACAUUAUAUCAUUCUUAGUAUUCUUGGCACCUAUGCCAACUUUCUACACAAUUUGGAAGAGGAAAUCAUCGGAAGGGUUUCAAGCAUUACCAUAUUCAGUUGCAUUUUUCAGUGCUUCCUUGUUAUACUAUGCUUUCCUUAAAACCGGUGCCUAUAUGAUCAUUACUAUAAAUGGCAUUGGAUGCUUCAUCGAGACCGUUUACCUAUUGAUAUACGUAGUAUAUGCACCUAAGAAGUCCAAGUUGUUCGUGAUGGCAUUGAUUCUCAUAUUCAACGUUGGAGGCUUAGGGUUGGUGAUGGCAGUUUCUUUACUAGCUUUCCAUGGUGCCAAUAGGGUUUCUUUGGUGGGAUGGAUAUGUUGUAUUAUAAACCUAGCUGUAUUUGCUGCCCCUUUCAGCAUCAUGAGGCGCAUGAUCAAGACGAAAAGUGUAGAGUAUAUGCCAUUCACUUUGUCCUUCUUCCUAACCCUUUGUGCUACAAUGCGGUUUUUCUAUGGAUUCUUCAUAAAUGACUACUAUAUUGCAUUUCCAAAUAUUUUGGGAUUUUUGUUCGGGAUUGCUCAAAUGAUCUUGUACUUCGUCUACAAAAAUGCAAAGAAGGAUGAUACACUAAACAUCGAGGUCGAUCCGGACAAGGAUGUGGAGAAGAAUUUGAGCCUUGAGGAAGCCAAAGAUGUUGAAAUGGUGUCUAAAUGA